AUGAGCUCUGCUAUGGAUGGAAUCAAAGAUGCCUUCUCCACCAAGCGACUGUAUUAUGUCAAAGCGGACCCCGAAGAUGCAAACCUGCGGGCUAUUUUGCCCCAGAUCGCACAUGAGCCCGUCGUCCAGGCUCUUGCGUGGACAUUCAUUACGAGGCCCAAGGGCAAAGCAGACUUCGAUGUGCUCAUCCAAACGCUAGCCAAGUCACUGCUAGCUGUCUCAAUCUGCCUCCGGCCAGAAGAAGAAGAGGCGGGGCGAGCUGCCGCGGCGGGCUCCGGAGAAGUACAGCAGUCGGGAGAACCUACCAACGCCAAACCUACUGUCAUAGGAGUGAUGAUGCUCGGAUACGGGGGUGUCCAUCCUGAGCUGGCCGUGCAUAGGCGGACCGCACUGGGCAUAAUGCUGGCGGAGCCCUACCAAGGCCGGGGUUACGGUCGUGAGGCUGUCAACUGGAUGAUGGAUUGGGGCUUUCGCUUUGCUGGGCUCCAUAGCAUCGUUCUUGGUGUAUCCGCCUUUAAUGAUAAGGCGAUUCGCCUGUAUAAAAGCUUGGGGUUUGUUGAAGAAGGCCGUAUGAGAGAGAGCCGGUAUUUCAAUCGCAAGUGGCACGAUGAGUUGUUGUUCGCAAUCAAGGAGGACGAAUGGGAGAAGAUCAGGGGAAAUUCAGGAGGAGAGUUUAAUGUCCAAAUGUAA